GGGAAAGGCCGCGGUGGCGUCCGGAGCUUUGGCGGACUCGUUAGGCGCGUGGCGCGGAGGGAUACGGCGUCCGGGCGCUGCGGCGGCGGAGGGCAGAGGGGAAGAGGGACGCGCUGCUGACGGCCGGACCGGCAACAUGGCCUCGGAGCUGGAGAGCCUCAACCCCAGCGCGCGGAUCAUGACCUUCCGCCCCACCAUGGAGCAAUUCCGGGACUUCAGCCGGUACAUCGCCUACGUGGAGUCACAGGGCGCCCACCGCGCCGGGCUGGCCAAGAUAAUUCCUCCGAAGGAGUGGAAGCCGCGGCGAUGUUACGAUGACAUCGAUGAGCUCGUCAUCCCAGCGCCCAUCCAGCAGGUAGUGACGGGGCAGUCGGGCCUCUUCACCCAGUACAACAUCCAGAAGAAGGCCAUGACGGUGCGCGAGUUCAGAAGGAUCGCCAACAGCGACAAGUACUGCACACCCCGCUACACAGACUUUGAAGACCUUGAACGAAAAUACUGGAAGAACCUUACAUUCAAUGCCCCCAUCUACGGUGCUGAUGUGAAUGGCACACUUUAUGACAAGCAUGUAGAUGCUUGGAAUAUUGGCAGAUUGAACACCAUCCUGGAUAUUGUGGAGAACGAAAGUGGGAUAACCAUCGAAGGAGUGAAUACUCCUUACCUCUAUUUUGGCAUGUGGAAAACUUCCUUUGCUUGGCAUACUGAGGACAUGGAUCUCUACAGUAUUAACUACUUGCAUUUUGGGGAACCCAAGUCAUGGUACUCUAUCCCUCCAGAGCAUGGGAAGCGACUGGAGAGACUUGCAAAAGGUUUCUUUCCAGGAAGUGCCCAAAGCUGUGAAGCAUUUCUCCGUCACAAGAUGACCCUGAUCUCUCCAUCAAUUCUGAAGAAAUAUGGCAUCCCAUUUGAUAAGGUGACACAAGAGGCUGGAGAGUUCAUGAUAACCUUUCCUUACAGCUAUCAUGCUGGCUUUAAUCAUGGCUUUAACUGUGCUGAAUCUACCAACUUUGCUACUCUUCGGUGGAUUGAGUAUGGGAAGCAGUCUGUCCUGUGCUCGUGUCGGAAGGACAUGGUGAAGAUAUCCAUGGAUGUGUUUGUGAGGAAGUACCAGCCAGAUCGUUACAAGCUCUGGAAAGCCGGGAAGGACGUGACUGUCAUUGACCACGCUCUUCCAACCCCAGAGGCAGCAGAGUUCCUUAAAGGGGAUCUCAUGCAGAGAGUCAAGAAUGGGAAACAAUGUACUGAAGAAAUGGAAACAGGAGAGAUGUGUAAAGAAGAAGUGGACGGGGAGGAGACAAAAAGCAUCCCCAAGCACCGCAUUGGAACGAAAAGGCACAGGGUCUGCCUGGAACUGCCUCAGGAGGUGAGUGAGAGCGAGGCCUUCCCCAAGGAGGAGCUGAGCUCCACGCAGGAUGAAGCAGAUACAGCAGAGCCUCACGAGAGACCUACGAGUGAACUUGUGCAGCAAGGUGAACAAAGGCUCAAGCCUCCAGAUCAUGUGGGCUCAUCCAAAUUUGAAGAACUGAAAACAGUGAAGCUUGAGGAGGAAGAAGAGGAAGAACAAGAAGCAGCUGCAUUGGAUCUCUCCAUUUCACAUGCUUCAGGUUCAAAGCAGAGCGCAACAUCCAGUGUUCAGUCCAGCUCCCCUGCGUAUUCUGGUUCUUCAGACUCUGAAUCAACUGAUCCGUUGGCAAAACAAACUCUUCCUGGGCCAGCUGGGGUGCUUACAGUCCAUAGCUAUGCUAAAGGAGAUGCCAGUGGAUCUGACAACGAACAGACUUCAGGAAAGAAGGCCAGUGCCAGCGUCAGUGAGCAAGAGCUGGCAGAGGUAGCAAAGGAGUACUUAAGGUCAAUGAAGGAGAGCAAGAAGUCCAAGGGUCGUCGCCAGCCGUUGAGCAAGCUCCCACGGCAUCACCCACUCUUGGUUAAAGACUGCAUUAGUGAUGAUGAGGCAUCAGAACAACUGACUCCCGAGGAAGAGGCUGAGGAGACAGAAGCAUGGGCCAAGCCACUCAGCCAGCUAUGGCAGAACCGGCCACCAAAUUUUGAGGCUGAAAAAGAAUACAAUCGGACCAUGGCUCAACAGCCUCCUUACUGUGCUGUCUGCAUGCUCUUCCAGACAUACCAGGCAGAGUGUGGAGGCAACAGUCAAAGCUCUGGAAUAACUCCAUCUGCUGUAGAUGGGAAGAUCCGAACUAAGCCUCUGAUUCCUGAAAUGUGCUUUACUGCAACUGGCUGCAGCACUGACCUCAAUCUUUCAACCCCCUACUUGGAGGAAGAUGGAACCAGCGUACUCGUCACCUGCAAGAACUGCCAUGUCUGUGUUCAUGCAAGUUGUUAUGGUGUAUCCCCUGACAAGGCCACUGAAGACUGGAUGUGCUCCAGGUGUACAGAAAAUGCCUUAGAAGAGGACUGCUGUUUGUGUUCAUUACGAGGAGGAGCCCUGCAGAGAGCCAAUGAUGACAAGUGGGUUCAUGUGAUGUGUGCUGUAGCUGUACUGGAGGCAAAAUUUGUGAACAUUGCAGAGCGGAGUCCUGUAGAUGUUGGCAAAAUUCCCCUGCAACGUUUCAGACUGAAAUGCAUCUUCUGCAAGAAACGAAGGAAGAGAAUUGCAGGUUGCUGUGUACAGUGCUCACAUGGUCGAUGUCCCACAUCCUUUCAUGUUAGCUGUGCCCAAGCAGCUGGAGUCAUGAUGCAGCCUGACGACUGGCCAUUUGUUGUGUUCAUUACCUGCUUCAGGCAUAAGAUUCCAUCUCAAGCAGAGAGAGCUAAAGCUGCACUUCAGGAUCUGUCACCUGGGCAGAUAGUCAUCAGCAAGCACAAGAACGGCCGCUUCUAUCAAUGUGAAGUGGUCAGCCUUGCAAAGGAGACUUUCUAUGAGGUCAACUUUGAUGAUGGUUCCUUCAGUGAUAACCUAUAUCCAGAGGACAUCGUGAGUCGAGACUGUCUUCAGUUAGGUCCCCCUGCCGAAGGGGAAGUUGUGCAGGUGAGAUGGACAGAUGGACAAGUCUAUGGAGCCAAGUUUGUUGCAUCACAUGCUAUCCAGAUGUACCAGGUGGAAUUUGAAGAUGGGUCCCAGCUGAUGGUGAAGAGGGAUGAUGUGUAUACUCUUGAUGAGGAGCUUCCCAAGAGAGUGAAGUCAAGGCUGUCAAUAGCUUCAGAUAUGCGCUUCACAGAGAUCUUUGCAGACAAGGAAGUGAGACAAGAGAGGAAGAGACAAAGAGUGAUCAAUUCACGCUACCGUGAAGAUUACAUUGAACCUGCGCUGUACCGGGCCAUCAUGGAGUAAGCCUUGCUUGUGGCAGAGGAAGAAGAUACCCACCUCCCCCAAGGAUUUUCAUGCCCCAGUACAGCAGGCCAUGUCUGGAUGCUUUGAAUCCAGGGUGGUUUGGGUGUUUUUUAUUAAGGAAGCUAAAAAGCUGAUGCUCUGCGGUAGCUGAAAGGAAGCUGUUGGAUAGUGAGACGGAUCCCAUUUGCUGAAGCUGAUGCCUGCAGACUCCUCAUUUGACAAAGUUGGGUCCUUACUGCAUAAGCCAGCUUGGGGUUGUUGCUUUCAUCUCGUUGAGCACUCUUGCUUUUUUAUUAGAGACAGUUUUGACAGGUGGCAAACUCUUUCAGGAGUUGUAGCCAGGAAUCUUGGCAGCUUCAGAAUAGUACAGUCUAUUGUUUUAAUGGAAGAAGGUUCCUGAUUUUGGGAGUCUCCCCGGUGGCCACACCUGGGCUUGAGCAGGCAGUAUUACUGGUGCUUGAAAUUAAACCUCUUUUUGUAUUUAUAUCCAUCUUUUUGCAGUAAGCAGCUUCAGUCUCUUGUUUCUCAGCAUCUCCUUUCUGAGGGUUGAGCCGUAGGCUCUUCAGAGCCAAGCAGACAAGAAGUGCUUGUGUGAACAGGUGAAAUGUGAAGUUGAAUCCCAUAGGACAAGCUGUUUAACCCUCCAUUUAAUAUUUUUUUGUUGUUGUUCUGAUGCUUGUUUUGACCUUACAGUCAAACUUAUGAUUAAGUAAUAGAAUGUGCCUCGGAACCAGUGAAAUCUCUCCGGGGCCCUGCGCAGUGCAGCCCUCUAUCAAGAGCAGGCAUUCAGCGCCUGAGGAGUUGCUUUUGAGUUUCUCUCUACACCCUCUAAGGCAAUAAUGACCAAAGGGACAGAAUCCCUUCUUGAAAUCCAAGCAUCACAGUGUUGGGGAUGACAAGGCAGCAGUAUCUGAAGCGGUGCAGUGCCUCCUGUGGCAGCACUGUCUGUCGUCUGGCCGCUGGCUUUCGCUUACAGCAGCUAAUACUGGGUCUGAAGCAGAUGAAGCACGCACUGAAGUGUGUGUGUGUUACUGGAAGGCUCUGCAGUGCUCUUCUGAAGCAGGAGUGCUGCUGUGUUGCUGUCUGGCAAAGGUUACCACAGCAUUUUUGUAGAGUAUUAGUAGAGCACGUCUCAGUUGUGUGUUGGGGAGAGCUUGCUGCCCCAGCAAUAGGAAUUGCCUCAGCAAUAGGAAGCUGAGUUAAGCUGGGUAGUAGGUGGACCCAGAAGAUGGGCCUACACUCUCCUAAUGAUUUAAGCAUUAACACAUCACAGCAGGGAGCUGUGUAAAUACUCGUUCCUUUCCCAUUCUCUCGGAGAGGAGUUUCAGGCUGUGGAGCAGAUUGACCACCUUCUUUUUGCAUGGGAUGAUGGGGUGACUUUUUCUGCUGGAGAAAAUUAUGGUUACGUGUUCUCCAGAAACAGUUCAAGAGGAGAAUUUUCUAGCUGAACAGACCUAAUGCAUCCCUGCUUCUAUAGGGACAUGGCAAUGUGUCUGCAAAGUCUGGGUUUGUAACUUUUUUUCCUUUUGUUACAUAGAAACGCUAUAAACCAAACUCUUCUGAAACCCCGGUGCAUUGAUUUGUGAUUAGCAAUAAAAUGUAGUAUUGUGUAGUGAUACAACUCUUGAUCAGAAAAGAAAUAAACUACAACUUUUAUAAAGAACACUCUUACUUAUCCCUACGUUUUUCUAGGGUCAGGAGGCUGAUAUGAGUAGCAGGGAUUUGCACAGUUGCUGUUUUGCAUAGAGAUGUUCUCUCACUUUUUUGUGGUAGAAUAAUUCAUUCAACAGUAUUGGAAAGCUUAAACAGAUUCUGAAAGGAGAUAGUGGCCUUCCUUUGUGGGGUCAGUGGCCUUCCUUUGUGGGGUCAUGGUGUUUUUUCUUUCCCCCAUGCCCAAACUCCUGCUCUCAGGGUAUUACAUUGCUUUCUGAUAAAUGGAAUAGUUGGCUUGAUAAAACCAGGAUCUGUUAAGACUGGAGUGAGUGGCUGCAGUUACUCUGGUCUAGGCAAUGGGAACAAAGUUCCACUUUGAUGUCUCAUCUUGUACAUAAGCCUCUCUGAAGUGAUGUGCUGUGAGCUGGCAGAGCCUGAAACAUGCCUCUGUUCUGUCAGCAUAUCUGAAGAUUUGCUAUUAACUUCUUGUAGGCUAAAAACUACCUGUGUAAUAAUGAAAAACAUACUCUUCUUAUCACCUGCCCUUCUCCUUGCAGAGAAAAGUUGGCUGUGUUCAAGCUGUCUUCACAAACUGCCAUACAACUUAGGUGCACCUCCAUGUGCUACCUGUGCUGCAAACUCCCGUCUCAACAGCUUCAUCCAGCAAUGAUGACCUAGUACAAAGCAACUGAGUUUGCCUGGAGUGCUGUUGUUCAACUGCAGCAGGUUUUGCCACCGAGCUCUAACAGUACUGAGUGACUUUCCAGGGUUCCUAUGCCUGGUAUUUGUUCUGGGAGUGGAGCUUUGUUGUGGUGCAUCUUCUGCAGGCUCCAGUUGUCGGUUGGCUGCACUGUGUUGGAAGCCACUGCCAUCCUGUGCUCUGAGACAAAGGGCAUUCCCAGUUUUCCCAUCAGCACUUGUGCUGCAUUGUUUGAGUGUGAGCAUUACCCACUGCAGUGACUGAACUGCGUUUUGGUUUCUCUCUGUGAAGUUCAUAUUGGUGACCCUGAUAUUUGAGGGGUCUGUGUUGUUCAGCUUUGAAUGAACAACUGGGUUUAUGGCUUGAAGUACCACAGGUAGCAAUAAAAGCUCUCUACAGAGCAGCUGUCUGAAAGGUACAUGUGCUUUCCAUUACCUGUAUUUUGAUCUUGACUAUUGAUAAUUUUCUCCAGUGGUUUGUUUCUGGAAGUGUAUUUAUCCCAGUUACAGCAUCACUCCAGUCAGGGUAAGGUGCUGCCAGAGUAUCAGCUAGGCAGGUGCUUGAACAAGCUGUUCGGUAGGAAAUCAGGCUCAACACACCCCAUGGGAGCUCUGACAGCCCUUAGGUCCAUUGCAUGUGAUGCUGCAGGCAGUAGACCUCCUCACUUCACUUUCCAUGAAACUUCCAUCUGUGACUGGUUCAGGUUGGACCUACAAAAAGCAUUUUUAGUAUAAACAAAUAGCAGCUUGCCUUGAAUUCAGGAUGGGUUUGGCAAGCCAGUGAUUACUUUUUAUAAGGUUUAAAAAGGUGACUGUACUGUUUGUAAAACACUCAACUGCAGGGAUGUUUCUGCUCGUGGCUGGACUUCUAGGAGACUUCUUUCUCCAUCAGCAGACCCCUCAGAUGACCAGAGAUAAUACCAUCAGUGGUAGGACCCAUUCUUGUUGCUCCUUCUCUCUCUCCCUGGUGUUUUGAGCUGGGUUGAAUUGAUUCUGCACUGUUUGAGGAGCUUGGCCACAUAUCCCAAGGCUUCCAGUGCAUCUCUGUUCUUCCAUUCUCCGACUGGGCUCCUGUUGUCUGACAUGUCUGCAGUUGUGCUUGGUUUUUUUAAUGCAAACAUGGGAUGAAAUCAAGACUCUGGUAGCCUGUAAAUUGUUUUCACUUUGAUCAAGUAAUAAAUCUCCUUUCAAAAUGGACAA